AUGUCAAAAGAUAAUAGUAAUAAUAAUGAUGUUUUAGAUUUUAUUAAUUCUUUACCAGAUUCUAAAUCUUCAACUCCAAUUCCAUCAAAUAAAUCAAAUGACAAUAAUAAAGAAGAAUUGUUGGAUUUUUUAGAUGAAAUUGCUCAACAUAAACCAAAAUCAAAACCAAAAAAAUUUCAACCAAAAAAAGAUACUAGUAAGGAUGCAAGUCAGGAUUCAAGUCAGGGUGUUAAAGGAAUGCUGGAUGAGAAAGAAGUAACAAAUGAGAAAGAAGUAACAAAUGAAAAAGAUGAUGAUGAACUUGAUAUAGAAAAUAAUAAUGUUCCCGAUCCAAUUACUUCAAUUACUUCAUGGUGGCAAUCUGAAGGAUCUUCAAAAGUUUCAAAUUUAUGGGGUUCAUUUACUUCAAAUGUAGAUAAAUUAACUGAACAAUCUUAUCAAUUUGCAAAUAAAACAACAAAAGAAUUAAAUGAAAAAAGUAAAAAUCAUAAUCUUGAUUUAAAUAAAUUAAUUAAUCAAAUUAAACAAAAUCUAAUAGAUGAAAAUUUUGAUGAAAUUUUAAACAUUAUACUCGUAAAUGAUUUUUAUAAUUUAAAUUAUAAAACUGAAUUAGUUUUUAAUGGAUUUAAAUUAGCUAUGAAUUCAGUUGAAGGUGAUAUUAAAAUUUUAGUUAAUGAAUUUAAUCACCACAAGACUCAAGCAAAUGAUGAUGGAAAUAUAAAUUUAAAUUUGGUAGUUGGUAAAUUUAAUGACGGUGUUAAAUUAAGUGAUGCAAAUAUAGAUAAUGCAGUAGUGGAAUUUAGUAAGGAUACUACAACAGAAGAAAAGAAACAAGAAGAAGAAGAAGAAGAAGCGAAAAAAGAAGAAGAUACAAAAGAAGAUCUGCAAAAACAAGAUUCACGACAUCAAAAAACUGGCUCAACAAAUAUAUUUCUUUCCAUAAUUGCAAUUGAAUCAAAUGAUUCAAAAUCAUUUUAUUUCAUAAUUGUAUUAAAAGAUAUAACAAAUAACAUAUAUUUAAUUAAUAAAUCUCAAGAAUUUAAUAAAAUCUUUAUAAAUUGGUUACAAGGUGAUAAAUUAGAAGAUGAAAUUUAUAAUUCAAUUGAUCCAAAAGAAUGGGUUAAAGAUUUUAUUAAAGAUGGUUUAAAUUUAAGUUUAAGAGUUAUAGCACAAGAAUAUGUAAUUAAAAGAAUGGGAAUAUUGUAG